AUGUCAUCCUCUCCACCCCGUCCUGCGAGGUUAGCAGACCCAGCUACGACUUACACCUUAUUAGAGAAAUUGGGAACAGGGAGUUUCGGAACCGUGUGGAAAGCAUCACAUAAUGAGACUAAACAGAUAGUGGCUAUUAAGAUGAUCGACCUCGAAUCGUCCGACGAUGAUAUAUCAGAAAUACAAGCUGAGAUAGCACACUUGUCGUCCUGUUGGUCAGAUCAUGUUACAAAGUACUAUGGAUCAUUUGUGAGAGGUGCGAAACUGUGGAUCGUCAUGGAGUAUCUUGCUGGUGGAAGUUGUUUGGAUCUGCUCAAACCCGGCGUAUUCACCGAAUCGCAAAUAGCGAUAGUCUGCCGAGAACUUCUUUUGGGUCUACAAUACCUACACGAUGAAGGGAAGAUCCACAGAGAUAUCAAAGCUGCCAAUGUCUUGCUGUCAGCCAGCGGAGGAGUGAAGCUGGCCGAUUUCGGAGUUGCCGCUCAGCUCUCUUCGCAUAAAUCGCAACGCCACACUUUUGUCGGUACACCAUUCUGGAUGGCACCUGAAGUGAUCCGUCAAGCGGGGUAUGACUCCCGAGCGGAUAUUUGGUCAUUGGGUAUAACAGCUAUCGAAUUGGCGAAAGGUGAACCUCCAUUGAGUGAAUAUCACCCUAUGAGAGUGUUGUUCCUCAUUCCCAAAGCCAGAGCACCGAGAUUGGAGGAACCUCAAUGGUCAGAUACGUUCAAGGGUUUUAUUGAGAGGUGUUUGCAGAAAGAUCCUACGGAUCGAGCAACUGCGAAAGAACUGCUGCAACACCCUUUCAUUACCUCUGCUCGAUCCACCUCACACCUUGUGCCGCUCAUCGAACGGUAUCAAGUAUUGAAAGCACGUUCACCGAAUAAGAAAUCGAAUAGCCCUUCGAAAACACUAAACAAGUUAGCAGCUGGGCUGGGCAACUUGACGAUUGGUCCAGGAGGGACGAUGAGGAGCGAAUGGAAUUUUGACGAGACCAUCAAGGGGACUGUGAAAGGUGUUCCCGUCAGUCUGGAUUUGGAGGAUCUGGAGGAUAAUGAUGAGUGGGAUUACCAGGAUGAAGAUGGUGAAGGUGAUGAUUGGGAGGGGACGGUGAGGGAACGAGAGGACUUGUUAAGGGCUUCGACAUUGAAUGGCUCUGAUCUAUCUCUUCCAAUGCUUGAGAGAUCGUCUCCUAACCCCACGCCCUCCAUUGGAUCGUCGCCUCAGACUCCCCAUUCGGAUGUGAUGGAUCUCAAAUCUUCUAGUGGCAGUGGAACGUCGGGAAAGAGUACUUGGAAAGAAAGGCAUAAUAAGGAUGGAGGCACAGUGGUGAAAGAAGGUGAUUUGGGGGAUGGCUUCUCUACGGUCCGACCGAUGAAAAAGAUCGAUACUGUCAGAUCCGGUCGGAUGUCCAACGGAUAUAUCGGUACGGGCUCAGUCAGAAAGCUCAACGGCGUGACUGGUUUGGAAAGUCCCAUCAAAUCGAAACCUCCUCUAUCACCUCGAGGUCGGGCUGGUCAGGCGUUAGUCGAGGAGGUGAUCGUGGGUGUGCUGGAUAAUACUUUGUCGGAAGAUCACGAUGCGACUGCAUUGGAAGGGUUGAAUCUGAUCAAGAAAGGAUUCUCAGAUUUGGGUAAUAACGAUCCUGAGAUUGCAUAUAAGCUGGUCAUGGAUAUACUAGGUGGAAUAAGGCAGAACGACAUCGUUCACUCUCAUAUACGCAAUAUGUCAAUGGCCAAUGUCAUACCGAGGUCCAGACCUAUCGUGGAGAUUGAUAAUGGUAGUAAACCAUCUACGCCGAAUCACGAGGAUAUUGCGAUUAAGAAGGAAAAGGAGAAUGAUGAUUUGAUAAGAGAAAGAAGUCCGAUUGCUGACUUGCUAUAUCUAAGAUGGUUAGACGGUUUGCGACUGAAAUGGCCUGGGUCAUGA